AUGGUCAGUUGUGUGGACAGCGCAAACAGCAGCUGCAAACAUGAGGAAACGGGAGCAUGUGUGGCCGGAUACAGAGGAAGUGACUCUUUCAUAAAGCUCUGUCUCAGCUCAGAGCAGAGCAGACCACAACAGAACCACAACAGCACCACAACAGAACCACAACAGCACCAGAACAGAACCACAACAGCACCAGAACAGCACCAGAACAGAACCAGAACAGAACCACAACAGAACCAGAACAGAACCACAACAGUACCAUCUGCAGAACACACCUUUUCAUCUCGGCCCAGUCUCCGUUUCUUCACUUGGCCGCCCGCUGACAUGUACAGUUCCAGUUUCUCUCAGGCCAAGCUGGGCCUGGACGGCAAAGGUGGACCACUGCACCGCUCUCGGGGGAAGAGCUGUGGUUAUUAUGUCAAGCUGGUCUUCUUCUUCUCCUCGCUCAUCCAGUCGCUCAUCAUCGUCAGCCUGGUGCUUUUCCUGGUGUAUGGACAACCAGAGAAGAGUGCAGAGGAAAGGAGAGUGCAGGAGCUGGAGCAAAACUUUAACCGACUGGAGGAGAUCAACAUAGCUCUGCGGAAGGACAAGGCUGACCUGGGGGCUCAGCUCGGAGCCAAGGCCGCGGAGAAGGCGGCUGUACAGAAGGACCUAGAGGCGGCGAAGGCUGCGGCCAACGCCACGGAGACAGAGCUCAGGAAGAAGCAGGACCUCUGUGAGAAACAGCUGAUAUCGACCCGAAACAUGCUGGGACGCUGCAGCACCACGCCCGUGCAGCCGCAGCUUCUCUUCAACCCGCAGAGCAGUGAGCUAAAGACCCUGCAGAGCCUGAAUGCCCAGCAGAAGGCCAUGAUACACCUGAUUCAGGCCAACUUCACUCAGAUGGUGCAGUACCUGAGCCAGGAGCGGGACGAGGCCACCAAAGACAGGGACACCCACCACCAGGACGCCAUCGCCAGGAGGAGGGAGAACAGCCUGCUGAAGGAGCAGCUCACCGUCUACGCCCGGAAGUGUAAGGAGGACUUUGCUCAGUCCUUGUCCGGGAUCAAGACCGUGACCAGUGAGUUCCUGAAGAAGAUCACCAGCCUGUUCCCACACCAGCUGACCUUCCACCUGUCCUGCUCCAGCCAGGCCGAGCAGAUGGAGAAGAUCCGCAACAGCUGCACCAACCUCUCCAACGACGUGGAGAACAAGUUCCAGAUCUACCUGGACCACGUGGGCGACAAGGUGAGAGCCUCAGGAACACAAGCACAACAAUACAACUGUUAA